GCACCCGAAAUUUGUUUAUUGUUUGGUUUCUACCGCGCAUUGUCGAAAUUGUUUAAAUUUAUUGCAAUACCGCCUGUUCAUGGAUCAAAAUGUCAAGAAUAUCGAUCUCAAGCUGGACAACAUUGAGGUUCUCACCACCGGCACGGCGGCGGAGUUUGUUAAUGGCAUCCUGGAUUUCUUGCUUUUCCAACGCCGCCAAAUUCCCUUCGUGUACAAAACGUACAAGUAUUAUGUGGAAAAAUGGUCUGAGGCGGAGGAAUCGGGGGAAUCCGCGAACCAGGAGUCCUUUGCCCACUACCAACUGAAUCAGCAGCGCUCCAAGGCCAAGGCCACCAAGGAGUCCAUUAGUGAUAUGAGAGAGCUCAUUAGACAAGCCUUCAGGACGUCGGGAGUGAAGAGCCUGCGGUUUCUGUUCGGCAAUAACACCUUUAUGCCCUCGGAGGCCUAUACCCUGCACAUACCACAUGAUGCCAUAUCCAGGGAUCACUUUUGCGAGCAUCAUGCUCUGCCGGAGGGUCGCAUAAACCAGGCGCUGCUCCGCCUGCUCACCUGCGAGGAGCUGUACACCCUCUUCUCCACCGACCUGAAUGCCACCAAUGUGUUCCUGGAAAUGGAACUCUUUAAGGGGGCCGAAAAUGCACAUGACUCAGCUAAUCUUAUUCCCAAGGACGUUUUGAGCCAACUGCCACGUAGUUGUAAGAACGUCCAUCUGCAUCUCCUGCACGAAAACGAGAACAUGUCGACUGAACUACGCUGCUGCAAGGAGUUGGACAUUUACCAGGAUCUUGGCCUGCUGAAUCUGGACAAGACUGAAAGAGAAGAUAGCAGGACUAACAACUCUUUGAAGGAAACCAAGGAUUUGAGUGGAUGGUGGCAAUCCGAGGUCAUAGUUCGCGGCUUCAGAGCGCCUGCAAAUCAAAAGACCGGAGAUAUGUGGUCUAGCUAAUAUUUUUUGUAUUUUUUAAAUUUAAAGGGCUAUCAUAAGAUAUUCGUCCCGUUUGUGCAAGUGCCAAGAAUAAAAUAUCAAUUAAUUU